UGCGAGUUAACGGAAAAGAAAAAAAAAUCAAGCAAACACAUGCACUGUCUACAGUCGUAAGACGAAAUCGCGCCUACGCUAUAUGGCUAGCUAAAAGGAAUCGAGUUAUACUGCAAUUUGCCAAAAGAAAUGCGAGCUCAUUAUCAUUCAGAUACAGCUGUCAUGGGCUACCCAGAUGCGAAUUUUAUUGUUGGUUACGUAAUAAGUCAACAUGCCUUAAUUAGGUAAAUUCUGCUCCACAGUAGCAAUUCGACUUUAAACUCCAUGGAAAUCCUCGAGCCCCGCGGUCGUCUUCACCUAUCGCAUAGACAGGGCAGGUGUACCGAACAGAUGCGUGGUCAGUCUCUGAAACAGUCAGACCCUGAGUGGAUGCGUCUGUUACUGAGAGGGGUGUUUAUGGAACUGAUCAAAAGGCAAAAAGAACUCCUUUGACACGCUGGUGAUGGCUGUGAUCGAGAUUACGAAUGCCCAGAAAAUUGACGGUACAUCAAGCUUAAUUGUAAAAAUUUAAAGCCGAGGAAACCGGAACAAACUUCGAUUAAAAAUUGCUGCUCUACGGAAUUUAAUUGGUUCGGAGAAAAUGCAGAUGAACAAGCAGUGAAUCAAGGUAAGAAGAUAAUUUUGGCUGCCAUCAACGAGGCAUCAUGUAACACGGAUUACUUUUGAAGGAUAUAGCAAUUUUGCGGACCACAUUGUGAUUAAUUCAAUUUUCAGAAAUUCAGGAAGCUCGUCCAUAAAAGUUUGCCGGCGCCGUUGUCACCAACUGAAUUUCUUCAGAAGGCAGCAAAGACGGCAAUUCUUAGCUGUUCCUUUGAAUUCAGGACGCUCUACACAGAAAAGGGAUCAUCCCCAUGGACGCACAAGUGAUUACUUCAAUCAAACUAGUCUUUUUCGCGCCGGCUUGAAAUAGGCGCCUAGUUGAAAUUGAGCCGCAUCGUAGGAGUGGAUAACUGACCAGAGACGUCAUCUUAGCCAAUAUAGACUCUCACAUCAAAUUGUUCAAAAAGGACGUGAGGCGAAGUGUGGGGCCACGGUGUAAGUCAGAGCAGUAAUGAGUUCUGGCGACAUCGACCCUUUUCGAAGACAAAGGAUUCAAAGCGUUUCGGUCAUGACAAGAAUCAGUUAGAGACGCUGCGCCGCAUAGUCAGAUACAGAUGGUCUCAGCUGCAAUUGAUGAUAUCGAUGCUGUCGGGGUGGUGAGGCUACUUUAAAUUUGGCCGAUUUGCCAUGCCGCGGCUACUUAAUACAAACUUUUUUUCUGGUGGAAGUUCAUGUUAUAUUAAAACUGAGGAAAAAUCUACCAAGCAGCUGCAAAUUGAUAUCUUUCCGCUUCCAGGUUGCUGUAUUAGUGAUUUUGAUCUUGUUAGUCAUCCUAUGAGCGAAAUGUGCACCCUCACCUCAUAUAACAUGCAGCAAACUUUGAUGUUUAGCCACCGCUGUUUAUAUCCAACUGCGGUUCAAUAGUACUGAAAUUCUGGUUUUAACCUAGACAGAUA